AUGCGUAUGAACGCAUCCAAAACGAAAAGCCUAGUGCUUUCUCGUUCUCCUGCCCGUUGCCCUCUUCAGAUGAACGGAGAAGCAGUCGAGCAAGUGGAAAAGUUCAAGUACCUCGGAGUCGUGCUUACUAGUGAUGGAAAAUUGGAGGAAGAGAUCGACCGUCGGACUGUAAUGGCCAAGGCGUUAUGUGUGAACCAGCCCCAGCCGUUCUGA